AUGGGCAUCCCAGCCCUCUGGGAUACUAUCAGGCGGCACGAAGAAGUCAUUCCAAUUGCACAGCUCGCUGAAGAUCACCACAGGCGUCAUGGCAAGCCUCUCAGAAUCGCUGUCGACGAGGCCGAUUGGCGCUUCAACAAUCUCACGCCCCAACAAGUCUAUGCAAUCCGCGAUGCGACCAAUCAACAUGCGUUUCAAGGCAUUGAAAAAGCCAUGUUCUACCGCCUCUGUCGCCUCCUAACGCUAAACAUCCAACUGAUUUUCGUCUUCGACGGCCCUGGCCGCCCUUGGAAGCGAGGCAAGAGAGGACAGGGGCGUAUCAAUUACGAAGAGAGGCGGCUUUUUCAAGAGCUGCUCAAAUAUCUCGGAGUUCUAUAUCAUGAAGCCCCUGGGGAGGCAGAAGCGGAAUGCGCUCGUAUGCAGAUUCUUGGUAUAGUUGAUGCUGUUUGGUCACAAGACUCUGACUGCUUGAUGUUUGGUUGCACCCUUUGGUUCCACGAUCAUCGUGUUGCGAAGAAUGAAGGUGUAACAGAUCGCUCCAAAGAGAACACGAAGAAAAACGGCAAGUAUGCCAGUGUGAUACGGGCCGUUGACAUGAAAGAAAGAUACAACCUGGACCAGGAGGGUCUGGUACUUUUCGCCAUGCUCGUUGGUGGCGACUACGAUCAACAAGGUCUACCCCAGUGUGGACCUGGUAUAGCUCUGCAGGCUGUGAAGGAAGGGCUUGGAAGAAGUCUUUGUGAGUGUCGAAACCAAUUUGAUUGUCAACUCUGGAGUCAAGAAUUAGCACAAUUCCUGAACACCUCCCCUCGAGGAAGAAGUAUACCUAUACCCUCGAUGUUUCCAGACUAUGAAAUUCUGAAAAAGUACUACCGUCCGAAAGUCACCAGUGACCAGGAACUGCUCUUGGCAUCAAGGCUAAACUUGGACUACAUCCGCCCAAUCCAAGAACACGAACUCCUCAAGCUGGCAAGUGAACGAUUCAAUAUUUGGGGACGGCUUUAUAUGAAUUGGAUCGGACCAAUCCUCCUUAUUCGAGACCUCGUAUCGAGGGACUCGUCUAAGCCGAAGGAAAUGGUACACGAAAUUAGAAUACCUAAGCAGCGAGCCAAGAAGACCGAAGAUCACCCACCAAUGCGAACCUUUGAGAGGAAGAUAACGUUUCCUCCUUUUGGUGUCACAAGUCUAUGCAAGGAUGACUUUGAAGGCUCACAGUUUGGACACUGGAAUGGUGACGACAAAAUGCUGUUCGACCCUGAAUAUCGUGUAGAGUGCGAGAUGUCUGAGUAUUGGCUCCGUAAAGCCCUUCCGACAGAGGUUUUCAACUCCUAUCUUCCAACACCUAAGUCAUCUUCCAAAAGGAAGCGGGCAUCAGAGGAUGUCGAGGAACCGACGGAGUCACCUUGCAACAAGCGAAAAUCCAAAUCCUGCAGGGCUCUUAACUCAGAUACGAGUGAGUCUCACAUGUCUCAAUCGACAAGGCCAAAUUUGUCUGUGUCAGAGUCGAAAACUCCGUUCAAGGUGUCUAUAUAUGAACCUAUCAGUUCGACAAGUAUACGAAAACCGAUCGAAUUGAUUGAGCUUUCUGACUCGGAAGACGACAAAACUCUUCAAGUUCCUCCGAUUCCUUCGUCAAGACAAUUAUCUUUUAUAGAGGCUGCGAAGUCUCCUCCUAGCCUUGUUGCAUCUGCGUCAUCAAGUUUAGUGGUCCCUAGCAAAUCGCAAAAUGAUUCGGAAAAUCGCACUCCAUUCGACUUGGACGAAGAUGACGUGGAUGAUGAAGAUCUUCUGCUCGCUUUACGUCUCAGCAUGCAAGAAGCCUCCAGCUCCACAAAGCAUUCAUUGAACAAGGGUAAGUUUUACGAUAUCUUCGCAAUGAGAGAAGAAGGUCGGAGUGUGGAGGGGUUGGCUGUGCCUGCUUGGUCGCUUGACAAGGCACUGAUCUCCGAUUUGCUUCCACCGGAUAUUCCAACGCCAAACCGACAAGCUAGAAGCAUUGCAUCUACGCGAAACAAUCCUCCUCGCAGUGCCACUCAUGCAAAUUUUGCUAGAAUGGACUUAGCUGAGAUGCAUACCCAAUCUUCUGGACCCUCCGAUUUAGCAAGAAGUUUGGUUCCAUCACCCACAAAAGAAGAACGUAUCAUGGCUCGCCCCGAAGCGAGCUCCACCACCCCUACUAGGCAUUCUCUUGAUGAAAUUCGAGCUGCUCGACUUCGACAUUUUUGUGCGCCUUUUGUAACCAAGAUCAGUGAUGAGGGUAAUAUCGCUUCAUCGCCACCUAGGGCUACCCUAGUUGAUAGUGGCGUAUCCUCUAGGGCUGCACCAACAGAUAUCGAGUACAUUGAUCUGACUGAAGAUUAA